AUGAAGGUGGACCAAUCCCUCAACCUCACUCAAGCGGCGAUGACUACUACCGAACAACAAUCCCUAGAGGACAAAAACACGAAUAACGAUGGUGACGCUACUGCAAAGAACUCGCCGGGUACCGAAAAUCUGGCACUCCCACACCUGAACCAUGUUUCGGGAAAGGAAAACGAUAACAGAGAUAGCGAGCUACAAGAUGGCUGCUUUUACUCUGUCGGGUUCAUCGGCAUGAUUUUCGCCGUCGAUGUCUUUACCGCUGAUACAUCUAACCUCAAAAACCGAGGUCUGGCUUACGCAUUCACUGCAUCCCCAUGGAUCAUCACCGCCUACGCUGGUCCUGCUAUUUCGCAGCGAUUCUACGAGAAUAAUUGGCGAUGGGCUUAUGGAUGCUUUGCAAUUAUACUUCCCUUUGUUGCUCUGCCAUUCUUUGUAUUCAUGCAAAUCCAGAAGCGAAGGGCCAUCAAAGCUGGAGAAAUCAUGUCGAAUAAAACCGCAAUGACUUGGACGAAAGCUUCAUGGUUCUACCUAGUCGAGUUUGACGUUCUCGGUGUCUUCCUCGUCGUUGCUGGAAUGGCGCUGUUCCUCCUCCCAUUCUCCAUUGCCACGUCUGCCGAGAACCAGUGGCAGGAGGGAUACAUCAUCGCCAUGUUGGUCCUAGGCUUCGUUCUCUUAGUCGCAUUUGCUCUGGUCGAGCGAUUCGUAGCUCCCAAACCAUUCAUCGCUUUCCACCUCCUCGCGAACCGGACCGUUCUUGGCGCCUGUAUGCUCAAUGUCAGCUGGCAAAUUGCCUAUUACUGCUGGGCAAGUUACUUCACAAGUUUCUUGCAGGUUGUCUACGACAUCUCGAUUAGUGAAGCAGGUUACAUCGCUUCCAUCUACGAUGUUGUCGCCGGUGUUUGGCUGUUCCCAGUGGGUUACCUGGUACGAAAGACUGGUUACUUUAAAUGGCUCCUCUACAUCGGUGUCCCGGUAUACAUUCUAGGCGAGGGCCUGAUGAUCUACUUCAGAAGACCUGGCUUUUCUAUUGGCUGGAUUGUCUUCACCCAGAUACUCAUCGCUUGGGCAGGAUCCUCUUUCACUCUUGUCGAGCAGAUUGCAGUCCUUGCGGCUGGUUCCCACAACGACUCUGCGGGUAUGUUGGCUAUCUUGGGAAUGUUUGGAUACUUUGCUGGAGCCAUUGGAAACUCGAUCUCUGGCGCCAUCUGGACCAACACGCUUCCUGCGAAACUUCAAGAAUUCCUUCCCGCCGAGACCGUCGAUCUUUGGGAGGAUAUCUACGAAGACUUAUCUAUUCAGCUCAGUUACCCUAUGGGUGAUCCAACUCGAACGGCUAUCAAUUUGGCAUAUGCAGAAGCCCAGCGUAGGAUGCUCAUCGCAGGAACUGCGAUUAUGGCUUUGGCUCUUGUAUGUACUAUAGCAAUCAAGAACAUUAAGGUGUCGGAGAUCGACCAAGUUAAAGGAGUGGUCUUUUAG